AUGGACACAUUCAUUCUGUCCUCCGAUUCCGACGACGACGGACCGCCUCCGCCGAAGAGAAGAUCGGUCGAAGGCGUGCCGAGAACUUUCGACGGCGACAAGAAGAUCCGCUUCUCGUUCGGCGUCUCCAACUUGUCGAUGAAUCCGGAGGAACAGCCAGAACUCGCGGAGCAGCCAGAUGACGUCAUCUUCAAGACUCCACUUCGCAAAAAAAGCACCUUUUCCUCGAGAACUCCGAAUUCUCUGCGUCGUCGAUCCGUCUCAAUGAACUGCAUGAGUCCCGCGGUGCCCAGUAGAAACGAGCCGUCGACAAGCGAAGCGUGCUCCGCUUUCGUGCGGAAAGACUACAAUUUCGACAAGUUGAGCAGUGACGAAGAGGAAGAAAUCAGUGAGGGAAAACAAGAAGACAACUUGGAUUUGAGGGCCCUUCUCAGUCCGCAAAAGAGCAAAGACGGAAAAGGGAAGAAGAAGGAGAAAGUGGAAGAGGUGCAGAACGAAUUCUUCGGAGUCUACUGCCUGAUCAGUCGGAGCGACCGUCCGUGCUACAAGAAUCGUUGCUACAUCGGCUACACAGUCGACCCGAAUCGUCGGAUAAUGCAGCACAACGGCGGCAGAGACAAGGGCGGCGCGAAGAAAACGGACAGUAGAGGGCCGUGGGACAUGGUGUGUGUCGUGCACGGAUUCCCGAACCACGUGGCAGCUCUCCGCUUCGAGUGGGCGUGGCAGAACCCUAGUGUUUCGAAGUCGUUAAAAGAGAAACAGCUGAAGAAGGAGAGGAAGGAGACGCCGUUCGCCUAUCAGUACUUUUUUUCUGCUUUAUAAUUACUCUUUCUCGGUUUCAGACUCCGUCUCGCUUGCGAACUAAUGAACAGCGAAGCAUUCAGCAGAUUUGCGCUUUCUUUCCGAUGGCUGAUUCAGGUAUACUCACUGGUGUUCAGCGAAUGCAAUUUAUAAGUUCAGGCAGAGAAACUACCGUUUCCGCGCGUUUGUGAACCGCCCAAACAGACCAAAAUCCGGUACGGAAAAGUGAAAAAAGAGAUGAGUUUGGUGCCGUCGAAGCGUGAAGACUACGUGGAAAUGGGCGAGUGUCGGAUCUGCGGGAACGACAUCGAUAAGGUCGGAAUCCUUCUGUCUCCGUCAAUUAAUAUUCUCUCUUUUCCAGGUGUGGAGCCUCGUCCGAUGCAUUUCUCCGUCGUGUCCAUCGCAUUUUCACUCGAAAUGUCUUGCUGAAAAUGGGCUGAAGACGAAUGACGAAUAUUCUGAGCACGUCUUCCCUCUGGAAGCCAAUUGUCCGACUUGCGGGCACUUUUAUCUGUGGGGCGACGUCAUCCGAGAGCAGAGAAGGAUCACUAAAAUAUCUGCAAAGUGCCCGGAAGAAUUUCAGAAUCUGGUCGUGCGUAAGGGCCUCCCGCAUCGAGAAAUCAGCCCAUUGAACAAAUAA